AGCAAGAUGGCGGCCUAGUGUGUGGAUAGUUUUACCGUUUGUGGAAAAAGUAAUUGUUUUGGUCGUCAGAGGAGGUUUUUUUUAUUGUAAUUCGACACUUCAGUUAUACCGACUAACCAUUUACUUCAAACGUUUUGAUAUAAAUUAGCUUGUUAUUAAGAUGAAGUCGGACGUGGAAGAGUUGAUGCCGAGGCUGCUGCCCGUUGAGUUUGGAGCCAGCGCAGAGGACCUAAACCUGAACGGACCGCCGAGAAACCCCCAGGAAUACCUCCGACAAGUCCAGUUGGAGGCGUCAUUAUGUCCAGAGGUGGUGGUUGCUCAGAUUGACCCCAAGAAACUGAAGAAGAAACAAACAGUGAAUGCAUCUGUGGCAGGUUGCCAAGCUGCUCCCAUGGGUUUCUGCCCUAGUCUCAGUUGGCAGCAGCAGCAAGUCAGUAACUUCUCAGAUGUCAGACAGAGUAUCACAAAGAACAGGCAACACUGGAGCAGACAGACUCUGGAUGACAACGUGCUGAUGCCAAAGCUAACAGAUGAGGAGGGCUGGAAGAGGUUUUGUUUAGGGGAGAAGGUCUAUCUGGGAACAUCAUCCUGUGAUGCAGAAUCAGAGCCAGCACUGGACUACAACAAGGUGGGCUUCCCUCCCUUCCUAACCAUCGUUAGCAGACUCAACCAGUCCACAGUGUUGAUGGUGUUGGAAAUUCUCAUCAGUUGGUUUGAGGAGAGAACUUUUGUUCCACAGCUGGGUCGCUGGUUGUAUGCUUUAUUGGCGUGCCUGGAGAAGCCUCUGCUGCCUGAAGCCCACUCCUCCAUCAGGCAGCUGGCCAGGAGAUGUGCCCAGCUCCGCAGCGCGCUGGAGAGUCAGGAGGAUGAGAAACUGCCUGCCCUCAACCUGCUUAUCUGUCUUGUUGCCAGAUACUUUGAGCAGAACGACCUGGCAGAUCAACCGGAAUGAUCACAUGGUUAAACUGUUUGUGACUGAUAUCAACAAGACAGUAAGGGAGAAUAUGUUACUCAAGUAACAUUCAGGCAGCAGGCUCCACAGUCAUCAUGACCUAACACUGAAACUUGUGAACAAGUCAACAUGAAGAACCUUUACCAACCAAGCAAAAUCAUUGGAUGGAAAUGAACUUUUCACAGUGGUCUCAGUGCACACGUCCACAUGGACUGUGGCUCUGCACAGGUUGGGAUGAAAGCUGAGGAUGAAACCAAAGGGUCAUCAAAAGUCCGUGAACACAACUUGUAUUAUUUGGAAUGAAUUUGGUGACUUAAACAACCUCUGCUGAUAGAACUGAAGCAGUCAAAGCAGGAGGAUCCCUAUUAAACAGGAAAAGCCCAACGUUUUCUUGGUGAAUUUAGUCCUGAUGUUAAUGGAUCUAUUAAAUGCAAGAUUUGUCUAUUAAA